AUGGAGCCUGGGGAGCCCCGGGAGUCCCGCGAGCCCGGGCCGGGGGCAGAGACCGCCGCGGCCCCGCGCUGGGAGGAAGCCAAGACUUUCCACGACAACCUCGCGCCCAAGAAGAAACCCAAAUCGCCCAAGCCUCAGAAUGCAGUCACCAUUGCCGUGUCUUCCCGAGCCCUGUUCCGCAUGGACGAGGAGCAGCGGAUCUACACGGAACAGGGUGUGGAGGAGUACGUGCGCUACCAGCUGGAACACGAGAACGAGCCCUUCAGCCCUGGGCCGGCCUUCCCCUUCGUGAAGGCUCUGGAGGCUGUGAACAGGCGGCUGCGGGAGCUGUACCCUGAGAGCGAGGACAUCUUCGACAUUGUCCUCGUGACCAACAACCACGCUCAAGUGGGCGUCCGUCUCAUCAACAGCAUCAACCACUAUGACCUGUCCAUUGAGAGGUUCUGCAUGACAGGCGGGAACAGCCCCAUCUGCUACCUCAAGGCCUAUCACACCAAUCUCUAUUUGUCGGCUGAUGCAGAAAAAGUGCAGGAAGCCAUCGAUGAAGGGAUCGCAGCCGCCACCAUCUUCAGCCCCAGCAGGGAUGUGGCUGUAUCCCAGAGUCAGCUGCGGGUGGCCUUCGAUGGGGAUGCUGUGCUCUUCUCAGAUGAGUCGGAACGCAUCGUGAAGGCCCACGGGCUGGACAGGUUCUUCGAGCAUGAGAAGGCCCACGAGAACAAACCUUUGGCCCAGGGCCCCUUAAAGGGUUUUCUGGAGGCUCUGGGUAGGCUGCAGAAGAAGUUCUACUCCAAGGGCCUGCGGCUGGAGUGUCCAAUCCGUACCUACUUGGUGACGGCACGCAGUGCAGCCAGUUCUGGAGCCCGGGCUCUCAAGACCCUGCGCAGCUGGGGCCUGGAGACGGAUGAGGCCCUGUUCCUUGCGGGAGCGCCCAAGGGCCCCCUCCUGGAGAAGAUCCGCCCACAUAUUUUCUUUGAUGACCAGAUGUUCCAUGUGGCUGGGGCUCAGGAGAUGGGCACAGUGGCCGCCCAUGUGCCUUACGGUGUGGCACAGACACCCCGGCGGGCCACACCCACGAAGCAAGCCACAUCUGCCCUGUAG